UUGAUGUCAAUAAAAUUUAAAAAGCCGUUACAAACCGCAAUAUCACGUAGAAAACUUUUAAUAACUAAGUGAAGAUUUGAUUGACAGUUUAAGUUCAGAUUUCAGUAAAGUCAGAUCUAUCUUGAAAAGUCUAAAAUUGUUUAUCAGGAAUGAUUGAAUUUCAGAAGCAACAGAAACAAACAAAUGUGCCUAACAGAUCUCGACGAACUCCAUUAAAUGUGGUCGUAGAAAAAAUUGGAUCAAGUGCUGUUGUUCAUGGAAAUCUAGGAAAAGAGAGUCUGAAAGAACUGCUGAUGUCGGAAUUAUCUUUGAUAUCCAAAUAUGAAUCGCCUGAAACUAAAGAUUCGACUUCUUCUUUAGAAAAUACCUCGGAAAAUACAUUAUUAACACAAGGAUUUUCAGAAAUUAUUUCUAAAGCAGGCGAUAAGAAAAAUAUUUCUGAGAAAAGUAAAUCUGAAGAAGAAAUGAGAGAAUUAAAUAUUGGCAAUGAAAGAAAAGCGGUAGAAAGUGAUAAAGAAAAACAAGAAGUAAAGAGUAUAAAGGACCCUAUGAAAUUUGACAAAAUAUCACAGGAAAAGGAUAACAAUAUUACUAAAGAACUACAGAAAAGUCAAAAAGAUAUUUUUGAAAACGAAGUGACAAACAAAGAAGUGAAAGAAGAUCAAGAUAUGAAAAAUAAAACUAACGAAAAUGAGAAAAAGGAUCAAAUAAAUUCAAGUAAUGAGGAUUUUUCUAUUCACGGAAAGGCGGGUAAAGUUAUGAAAAAGGUCGAUACUAAAAACGAAGAUAAGGAAAAGGAUUCUGGAAAGGAAAUUACUGAAAAUGAAUUUGAAAAAGGGGAUUAUGAUACAAAAUUUCAGGAUAAAGAAAAAGGAACCUUAAAAUGUCAAAGUAAUAAAGAAACAAUUCGAAAAACGGAAAAUAUUUUACAAGAUAAAAGAAAAAAGGAAGAAGCAGAUGACACAGUGAAAUAUUUAUUUCAGAAAAAAGAUUCAAAGCUAAGGGGAAAAAAGUGUAUGUCAAAAAGAGAAAAGAGAGAAAAGAGAAGAGCAAUUAUGAAGGAUAAAAGUUCAAGAUAUUAUGGUGAUCUUGAUGAUGAUAAGACGAAACAAAUUGAAGAAAUUUCAGACUUUGAAGAUUUUGCAAACGAUUCUGAAAAAAAAGAAAGAGGUAGCUGUUUUAGCAAAAGAAGUUCUGAUAUUCAAGAUAUUUUAGCACUUUCUUAUGAUGGCAAAUGGCUGAGGCAGUAUUUGAGAAAACCUUUGUUUUUGGCCAUGAAUGAAAUCGUUAAGAAAAAGCCUAGAGAUCCUGUAAAUUAUCUUGGAUUUUGGCUUUUAAAUUACAGAAAGGCACAGGAAAGCUUGAAAAGAAAAAUGGACUUAGAAGAAGAAUUGUUGUCGAAAAGGAAUUAGUGGAAUCUGAAAGAUCUGCAAAAUCGCAUGUGACCAUUUUUUUACACGAAUAAUAGUUUUUUUUAAACGUUGAAAAUGGCAUUCAAAAAUAAAGAAUUCACAUUUAUGGCUAAAAUUGCCUCUAAAUAUAAUCCAAGAUAAUUUUAGAUUAUUUUAAUGCGAAAUAUUCACUCUUUCACUAUGGUAUAUUAUAAUUGGUUAAACAGUUGUAUGAUCAAGUUAAAGAAAUGACGAAAUUCAUCAUUGAAGAAAAGGAAAGCAAACAUCAAGAAGGCGAGGAAAAUAUAGAUGACUAGAAUUUUUCGAAUUACGGAUUUAGAUAAAUGUGUUCAAAUUAAAAAUCUUUAUUUGUAAAAUAUAUUACUUUAAGUAUUAUAUGAAUGAGCACACUCAGAUAGAUAAAUAAUAAAUGAAUAAGAUAUUAUGAAUGUAGGUACCUAUUAUGUACAUA